AUGAGUGCCUUUAGGGACAUUCUGAGGGAAAUCGGGGGGUUCGGCCUCUUCCAGAAGCGGCUGGUGGCAGCGCUGUGUCUGCCCACCCUGUUCACCGCCUUCGAUGUGAUCGGACAGGUCUUUGUGGGCCUCUCGUUCUCACAUCACUGUAACACAGACUGGAUUCUGGAGAUUGGGCCAAACCUGACUCAAGAGAGACAGUUGAAUCUGACUUUGCCUGUGAACACAGACGGCCAGUAUGAAAACUGUCUCAUGUUUAAACCUGUCACUUUGGAUUUGGAGACCAUUGAGGCUUAUGGACUCAAUGACACAACAGCCUGUGAAAAUGGAUCUGUUUUUGAGACUGUCAAAGGAGCCUCCAGCCUCGUAUCAGAGUUUGACCUGGUAUGUGACAGGAGUAGUUUAAUUGAGACUUCUCAGUCCAUCUACAUGUUUGGACUGCUGAUUGGAGCCCUGGUUUUGGGUUUAAUUGCUGACAGGUUUGGUCGCCGCUUUGUGAUCCUGCUCUCUCUCUUCCUGAUGCUGACUUUUGGAGUUACUGUGGCCUUCUCACCCAACAUUUAUGUUUACAUGGCUUUAAAGUUCAUCAGUGGCUUUUCAGUGUCAGGAAUACUUGCUAACGUCUUUGUGAUAGGUGGUGAGUGGAGUGAUGCUUCAAAGUUUGCUCUGUGCACUAUCAUUUGUCACUCUUUCUACCCUUUGGGCCUGAUGAUACUGUCUGGUUUGGCCUAUUUGAUUCGCAACUGGAGAAUUUUACAACUUGUCUUGUUUGUCCCUGUUCUGCCUGUGUUUGCGUUGUUUUACUGGGUUCUCCCAGAGUCGGCACGCUGGCUCAUCACUCAGGGAAAGAAAGAGCAGGCCAUAAAAGAGAUCCGUAAAGCAGCUAAAGUGAAUAAGAGGAAGGUCCCGGAAGAACUAUUGGAAAAGCUGAGUGCAGAGCCUCCAGGAAAAAGAAGCAACAUGCUGGACCUCUUUAAAAUCCCCUACCUCAGGAAACGUGCACUCAUCAUGAGUUUUAGCUGGUUUGCUACCAGUCUGAUGUACUAUGGGAUCAGCCUGAAUGUGGGCAACUUUGGCAUGGACAUCUACCUCACACAGUUCAUCUUUGGGCUGGUGGAGCUCCCUGCCCGACUGGGCUCUUUACCACUGCUGCAGAGAUUUGGACGGCGAAUGUGUCAAACAGUGGUGCUUAUACUGGGAGGGACUGCGUGUCUGGUGAUUAUUGCAAUACCUAAAGAUCUCCCAGUUGUGGUCACAGUUAUAGCUGUACUGGGGAAAUUUGCUGCUACUGCAUGUUUCUCCACUGUCUAUAUCUACGCUGCUGAGCUCUACCCUACAAUAAUCAGGCAGAAUGGUGUGGGCCUAAAUGCCAUGUGUGCUCGAGUGGCAGGCAUCCUGGCUCCUCUGAUCCGACUUCUGGACAAGUACCAGUUCUUCUUGCCCAUGUUGAUAUACGGCACUGUGCCUAUCCUCGCAGGGGCGCUGUCUCUGAUGCUGCCUGAGACCCUCCAUGUGGAACUCCAAGACCACACAGAGAUGUUCGUGCCAGACAAGAAGACUGAUCUGAAGAAGACAGAGAAGAGUACAAAGAUGUAGUCUAAAUUACACUAGAUUUUUGAAAAAGAAACUAUAAACAUUUGUCAUUUUUAUAAAAACAUUUGGGAGUUUUAUUGUUAUUUUAUAUUGUCCCUGUGGCCCUCAUCUGGUCCCUCACCCAAACCUCCGCUGCUCGCCCUCCCCUUCCUUCUCCCAGAGCUCUUAUCACAAAGAGCUAGAAUGCACGGGGCCUCUGCCGUCCCUCUAUUGUCCCAGGACAUACAGUCAUGAUUAAGUCUAUAGUAAUAUCAGGCUGGGGCCCAGUGAUGGCGCUACAUCCAGUUACAUCACGUAGAAAGACAGUUUGACUGUUUAAUCAGAGAAAUUUAGUUAACUUUUCCUGUAAUAAAAUAACAUCCAGUCUUACUAAAACUAAUCUGAAACUUGCUGUGCUUGCUGUGUCAGAACUUUAUGUACCAAAUAAUUUUUAAUGAAUGAUUGUAUUUCUUUUAAUCUUGACUCUUUGCUUUUUGAAAAUUAUUGGAAAUUGCAGUAACAACUAUCAUGUCCUGUUUGCAACAGUGGACAGAUUAACAGACCCCCCAGUUCCACUGCCGUUAGAACAAUCUAAGUGCAAUGAGUUUGCAGUAUUGUUUCAUGACAAGGUUCAGGGCAUCAAAAAUGCAAUCAAUUCCACAAUGCAAAUAACAACCAUGCAGCCACAGAGACACUUAGAGCUAAGUCACUUUGCACCUGUAACCGACAAAAUUGUCUUAGAGAUCGUCACCAGUCUGACUUCAUCCACAUGCUGCCUCGACAUGUUACCCACUAGAUUUCUAAAGUCUGUCCUCAACAGUUUGCUUUCACAACUCGCUCGCAUAUUUAACAUGUCACGUCAAUCUGGAACAUUGCUUUGAAAACUGCGGUCAUUAAGACUAUAAAGAAGAGCAGUCUUGAUGCCACAGUACUGAAUAUUUUCUGACCCAUCUCUCAAAUAUGCCGUUUUUUGGCAAAGUCCUUGAAAAAGCUGUUUACCAACAGCUUACUAACUUUCUCCAAAUGAACAACUAUUUUAAUGUUUUCCAGUCUGGUUUUAGAGCCCACCACAGCACUGAGACUGCUCUAUCUAUCUAUCUAUCUAGCUAUCUGCUCUAUCAAGGUGACAAAUGACAUCCGCCUGAACACUGAUGCUGGCAAAGUCUCAGUCUUGAUCCUGUUAGAUCUAAGUGCUGCUUUUGAUACUAUCGAUCAUAGGAUCUUCUUACAGAGACUAGAGGACUGAGAGGACAUCUCUAGUACUACAUUAAACUGGUUUAAGUCCUAUCCAGAACACAGGGAGCACUUUGUUGAAAUUAGAAAUUGUGUCUCUGAUCACAGAUCACAUGGCCUUGACCUGAGGGUGCCCCAAAGGUCGAUCCUGGGCUCCCAUUUGUUCAAUCUCUACAUGUUACUCUUAAGCCAGUUAAUACGCAGCAAUAAUGUGUUCUACCACAACUAUGCAGACAACACUCAAAACAUCUUCACAAACAGCCUUCGUGAAGAUGUGAGACAGGCCAACUUUGACGUUGUUUAAAUCCAGGCUCAAAACGGUUCUGUUUAGCUAUGCAUAUGACUGAAAGGUUUUCAUUCUGCACUCUUCUCUUACAGUUAAUGUCUCUCUUUUUAAAAAUUUUAUAAUGCUUAUUUACAUUUUGAUUUGUUUGUAUUGUGAAUUUAAUGUAUUUCUUAUUCUGCAAAGCACUUUGAAUUACUUUGUGUCUGAAUUGUGCAAUAUAAAUAAACUUGCCUUGCCUUGCA